AGACCACCACCGCCAUGCCAGACGCAGCCGCGGACCCCGCGAACCCGCGCGUGAUCUUCACGCCGUCAGGGCUGCCGCCGACGCUCCCGCCCAACCCGGCCAACAUCGCAAGCCACGAGGCGCCCGACUCGCCCGCGCCGGCGUCAGCGCACGACGCGAUCGUGUCGCGCCUGCUCGUGCGCCCGGCCAUGCCGGCGCGCAGCGCGUCCGCGCCGACUGCGGCAGAGACGCCGAUGGGCCGCUCGGUCGCCGAGCUGAUGGACGCGCCGCUCGAGCCCUCGGGCGCGCGGGUCACGAACGCGCUCAACAGCCAUAUCUCUGCAGUGCUCGCUGCGCAGGAGGAGAUUGGCCGCGCACACCUCGCGCUUGAGGGGAUCGGGGACCCGUUCGAGGAUCGCGCGGAGAGCGCGCGCCAGCUUGCCGCGCGUGAGGCGGGCGUCGACGCCAUCAUGGCACGGCUCGCCGAGUUAUCACAGACGCUCAAGAGCUACCACGACCUCGGGACGCCAGUCUUCGCCUUCGCGCCAGCUGCACCGCGCACGCCGACGCCGCAAGGCAGCGUGUCGUCGCCAGUGCACGCGCGCAAGCCCGUCGUGACUAUCGCCCACCGCGGCGUACCGCCCCUCAAGGACGAGCCGAGCCUCGGCGUCGACAUUGCCCGCCAACGCCCCGCGCUCUGGCUCCAGCGCCUCGAGGACGGCGCGCACCACGUCCACGCUAGCCCGACUGAAAUGAGCGCGAAGAGUCCGCUGGGCGCAAAGAGCCCCUUGAGCGCCGAGACGCCCGCCAUGAGCCCGUUCUAAGCAGCCUGCGUCUUACGUCGUCGUCGAGAUGGUGGCGCUGCAACACCGGCCUUAGUGAUACACUUCUAAUCGGGCCCUUCCUCCCCCCCUCCCCUGUUG